AUGUGUAAACAUUUUGAGGAGGGUUUGAAUGAAGAAAUUAAACUGUUGAUCGAAAUUCUUGAGAUACGAGAAUUCACUACCUUAGCUGAUCGGGCCAAGAAGGCCGAAGAGCUCGACAAUGAAAGGAGGCAAGCCAAGAGAAAGGCUCGGGUAUCAAGUAAGAGGACUAGUAGCAAGGCGUAUUCCUUUCCUACAAAGAAAUCGAAAAGUCGCCAAGACCGCUCCACUUCAUCAAUAGGAUACUCGAGCAGUGCGAAGAGUUCAAAAUGCUAUAAUCUGAAGUCUUCUUCUCUUUCGGCCACAAGUGUGGGAAGUGUUGAUAACCAAAGCCCCAAGUGCAUGAGUUGCAAUAAGUUUCACUUCGGAGAGUGCCGAAUGAAGAGCAGGGGUAGAUCUUCUAGACCUCCCGAAAGUGCUAGUGAUAGUCGAACAGUUGCCAAAAACUCCAUUGCAAGGUCAGAGGCCUCAGCUCUGGCAAGAACCUACGUGAUACGUGCUCAAGAGGAGGCCUCUACUCUUGAUGUCAUAAUGGAACAUGCGGAGUAUUUGAGGACUGUAUUACAGACUCUACGAGAUAAGCAACUUUAUGCUAAGUUCAGCAAGAGUGAAUUUUGGCUCCGUGAGGAUUACCAUGGACUUCGUAACCAGAUUGUCGUCGACCCCGAAGAAGAAAGACGCUGUUUGGAUUAUAGUUGA